UCAAUAAAAAGGCAGCUGAUUCUGAAUAAUCUAUUCUCAUUUCUCAUUUGAAGAAAUAACACAAAUGUGAACUUAAGAUUGCCUGGUUGAAAAACACGAGUAUGUAGCACCGUGAUUGUCGUUUUUAUCUAUUUUGGCCUUUUGCCAGUGCUAGACCAUCGCAUCAUUUGUCGAAAGCUUUUGUUCUUUAUUUGAACUAAUCCUUUUCGAAGAAUUUUAAAUUAAAUAGUAAAUUCGUUGGGAAAAAUAGCACCGUGCGCUUACAACUUUUAUUGAGCACCAUUGCGCAAUAUCAAUAUUUGAUAAUGACGUCACUUCCUCCCAGGAGUCAGACGAAUGUCAAAAUUUGUCAUCAAUGUAAACCUUUGUAACCUUUACGAAAUAUUUUUACACAAUUUUGCAAUGACGUUUUUAAAAUAUCUUUUUUUUACUUGCACGUCGUUCGUUUUGUGUAUUGGCUAUGGGAAUGGACAAAGAUACAGCUAUGAGGCGCCAAAUAUAGCAAGCAAUACUCGGAAGGAGCUGGAAGUGGCUGGACCUAUCAUUGAAAACGCCGUUCACCUUGCCUUAAAUCACGUCCAUAGUUCGUAUAAGAAUACUUCAGGACAUCAUGGCAUAUUGAAAAACUUGACGAGGUUUUUCGAAAUUAUAUAUCCUUAUUUUGAUGCAUCUGGAAAGCUUCCAGCUGGUCUCUCUCGUGGCAAUGUGAAUUGGCUGGGUUCGUUUGACAUCUGCGAGGAUAUACCAGCUCGUUACUGUUUGUUCAGUUUUAACAUUUCAUCACAAAAUCAGACACUUACGAUAAGGUUGGCUGCAUGCUUACCACCUUCAUCACCUCACAAUGGAACCAAUAAAACAGUUGAUCUCCAUGAAGUGUUUGGAAAUAUGAUAGCAGAAAAUGCAAACAGGAAUCAGAGAGGAGUCAAUAUUACCUUCACCGGUUCUGCAUGCCCCGUAAGACCAAAAUACACUACAGACGUUAUCGUUACGAUAGCUUUUUGCGGUUUUCUGUUAUUUCUCUGCGUCCUUGGCACGAUCGUAGAUGUGUUUGAAUGGAAUUCAUUCGGUACUAGUCCAAAAUCAGAGCAUUACAUCAGAGCAUUCAGCUUUUUGCGGUUUUCUGUUAUUUCUCUGCGUCCUUGGCACGAUCGUAGAUGUGUUUGA